AUUCUGUCAGCUUUUAGACCUGUUGCUCCUUUAGUAAACCAACAUAGCAAUAGCUGUGGCACUGCUCAAAAGCAGCCUUCUCAACUAUCGAAAAUGGACAAUUCCUCUCAUAAGAAUGUUACACCUAGAAAUCACUGCAGCCCUUCCCCCAUCACUUUUAGCAAUGAUUCUCAAGCUUUUGUUAUGAAAUCCGGUCAGUCUGUAAACUACAGAGAUCAAGGAGCUAUACCUAAAUCUGGAAAGCACAGGGAAUCUGUGCCUCCUAGUAAAGACAGAUCAAACUUAUCAUGGAAAAAUAUACCACUUCCAUUGUCCUACAACCACACUCAAAGUGCCUCAAAUGAAUCAGAAAAGAAAUUACCAUCAAAAACCAUACCCUUUGCU